UCUUCCGUCUCUACCGCCAGCUGCGUGGUUUAGCAGCGUUAGCUAGCCGGCAACACAUUCUCCUUUUCCACUCCGAUACCUUACGAGUUUGGACUGAUAACUGACAUCAUGUCAUACCACGAAGAGGAAGAGACAGCGGUCAGUACACGCUACGAUCCGUACGCCUAUCCCAACGACUAUGAUCUUCACACGGGUGACCCUAAGGCGGACCUGGCCUAUGAGAGGCAGUACGAGCAGCAGACCUACCACGUCAUCCCCGAGGUGAUCAAGAACUUCCUGCAGUAUUUCCACAAAACCAUCUCCGACCUGAUCGACCAGAAGGUUUACGAGCUGCAGUCCAACCGCGUGUCCAGCGAGAGCAUCGAGCAGAAGAUCUACGAGAUCCAGGAUGUUUACGAGAACAGCUGGAACAAGUUGACCGACCGUUUCUUCAAGAACUCUCCCUGGCCGGAGGCUGAGGGCAUCGCGUCUCUUGUCGGCAACGAUGCCGUGUUCCUGAUCCUCUAUAAGGAACUCUAUUACAGACACAUCUACGCUAAAGUCAGCGGUGGACCAACUCUGGACCAGAGGUUUGAGUCAUACUACAAUUACUGCAACCUCUUCAACUACAUCCUCAACGCUGAUGGACCAGCCCCCUUGGAGCUGCCAAACCAGUGGCUUUGGGACAUAAUUGAUGAGUUCAUCUAUCAGUUCCAGUCCUUCAGUCAGUACCGCUGUAAGACGGCCAAGAAGUCAGAGGAGGAAAUUGAGUUCCUGAGGAACAACCCAAAGAUCUGGAACGUCCACAGUGUCCUCAACGUUCUCCACUCCCUGGUGGACAAGAGCAACAUUAACCGUCAGCUCGAGGUCUACACCAGCGGAGGAGACCCAGAGAGCGUGGCUGGAGAAUAUGGACGUCACUCCCUGUACAAGAUGUUGGGUUACUUCAGUUUGGUUGGACUCCUGAGGCUUCACUCUCUGCUCGGUGACUAUUACCAGGCCAUCAAAGUCCUGGAGAACAUCGAGCUCAACAAGAAGAGUAUGUACUCCCGUGUGCCCGAGUGUCAGAUCACCACAUAUUACUACGUGGGCUUCGCCUACCUGAUGAUGAGGCGCUAUCAGGACGCCAUCCGAGUCUUCGCCAACAUCCUGCUCUACAUCCAGAGGACGAGGAACAUGUUCCAGAGGUCGACGUAUAAAUAUGAAAUGAUUAACAAACAAAAUGAGCAGAUGCACGGCCUGCUGGCCAUCGCCCUCACCAUGUACCCCAUGCGCAUCGACGAGAGCAUCCACACUCAGCUGAGGGAGAAAUACGGAGACAAGAUGCUGCGAAUGCAAAAAGGAGAUCUGCAGGUGUUUGAGGAGCUGUUCAGCUUCGCCUGCCCCAAGUUCUUGUCUCCCGUGGUGCCAAACUACGACAACGUGCACCCCAACUACCACAAAGAGCCGUUCCAGCAGCAGCUCAAGGUCUUUGCUGAGGAGGUGCAGCAGCAGGCCCAGCUCUCCACCAUCCGGAGCUUCUUGAAGCUCUACACCACCAUGCCGGUGGCUAAGCUGGCAGGAUUCCUGGACAUGACGGAGCAGGAGUUCCGUAUCCAGCUGCUCGUCUUCAAACACAAGAUGAAGAACCUGGUGUGGACCAGCGGCAUCUCAGCCCUGGACGGGGAGUUCCAGUCUGCCUCUGAGGUCGACUUUUACAUCGACAAGGACAUGAUCCACAUUGCCGACACUAAAGUUGCUCGUCGGUACGGAGACUUUUUCAUCAGACAGAUCCACAAAUUUGAGGAGCUGAACAGGACACUGAAGAAGAUGCCAGCCACCGGUGCCACUGCGACAGCAGGAAGCGCCACGAGCCGAUGACUCUGACCAGCAGCAGAGGAGAAGAUUUAAAGGGACGGAGUCCUCUGUCCUUUUGGUCUACUUCAGGUUUUUUGACAGCUAUUAUUGAUGAAGUUUUCUAUGUAACCUGGUAACAAUAAAAGGAUGGAGUGGAGUGCUAACA